AUGCCUGUUCUUCUCAUUGCAAAUAACAAACUCAGUGGUGCUAUCCCUUCUUCAAUAUGCAGUGCGACCAAUCUUGAAGUACUUGACUUGUCCAGCAAUAGUUUGAAUGGAAGUAUACCAUCAUGCUUAGCUAAACAAAGCCUGACAGUACUGAACCUUGGAGGAAACAAUAUCAGAGGUAAUAUCAAUCUAAAGGUGUUAAACGUGGGGAGCAACAAGAUAAGUGAUACCUUUUCCUGUUGGUUGAGAAGGUUGUCCUAUCUCCAUGUACUUGUGUUACACUUCAAUAAUUUCAAUGGCAACAUUGAUUGCUCUGGGGUCAAUUACACCUGGCCUGCUCUCCAAAUCAUUGACCUAGCUUCCAAUAAUUUUAGCGGCAUUCUUCCAAGAAACUUAUUCUUGGAUCUGGAAUCUAUGAAGGUGGACUCCGCGAUAUCACGUGUUGAUCACCUAUAUGCUGCCAAUAGAAUUUUCUUUGGAGAUGAUUCAAGCGCACAAGUAGAGAUUUACUAUCAGGAUACUGUCACUCUUACUCUUAUGGGACAAGAAAUGUCCGCGCCAAAGAUUUGGUUUACCUUCAACUCAAUUGACUUUUUGAACAACAGUUUCGUUGGAGGAAUCCCUGAGAUAGUCGGAGAACUCAAAUCUCUUUAUCUUCUAAACUUGUCGCACAAUGUUCUCAGUGGACAAAUCUCCCCUGCAACUGGAAAUUUGAAACAACUGGGAUCACUAGACCUCUCAUUCAAUAAGUUAAAUGGGCAUGUCCCGGAGAAGCUCUCAGGCAUCCCACAACUUUCGUUCUUAAAUUUAUCAUACAAUGAACUUGUGGAAGAUACCUCGAGGCAACCAAAUUCAAACAUUUGA